UAUAAAUCCACCCGAUCUCCCGACGCCUUCUUCACAACGAGCGCAAUGUAUGCUUCCUCCGUCUCCCCCCCAUCCCACCACCCUUCGUCGUUCCCGGCCCGACUUCCGAGCCGGCAGGCCGGACCGCGGCUCCCAAACUGGCCGAGUUCGAUCCGAUCCGCCGCCUCGAGGAGACGCGCCUGCUGUUGGCAGUACAGCGGCGGCGGGCUGGUGGACCGGAGCAUGAUCGUGCUGAGGAAGAGGAUCCACGAGAUGAAAUUGGCGGAGAGCAAUUACGAGGCGCCGUCGGGAUGGAUGGACUGGGAGAAGAGGUACUACACCAGCUACCACGCCGACGUGUGCGAGAUCCUGUGCUUGUUGCAGACGCUGCUGAUGGGCACACGGCCGGGCGUGGCCAUCGGGAUGAUGGCCGUCCUCGUGUUGAGCGUGCCCACCUCUGCCAUGUUUAUAUCCUUCCAUCUGAUCGCGGCCGCCAACUCGAUCCUCGCCGGAACGCACCUCGGUUGAUCGAGGUUUUCGUGUUCCAUCUGUGUACUACCGAGUCUUCGUUUGACGAUUCUGUAGCAUAUUUUUAUUGUUUCAUCGUGCCAUGGAUACGAUCGAAUGCUUCAGCAAAUGCUAAUCGGUGGUCUCCCAACAACUAUUGCGGUGGCGCACACAGUUUCGACUGCAUCGGCUGUCUGUUUAUUUGGCUCUCGAGCGGCGCCGUAGCAUUCUUUAUCAUUAAAUCAUGUGCAAAAGACCACCUUCAUUUACGAAUGCAAGGUUGUCAGACUUGUGGAUCGACAUAUAUGUCAAUCACUGCUCUAAGUUUAACAUGAGAACGCAUAAACUCGAGCUUUCUCUCGCUAGAUGUCCAUGUCAGGUGUCGUAGUUGGAUGAUAUGGAUCCGAGAACUGGAUGACGGUGGAAGCUAUGCUGUGUCUCUGAAGUGAGACUGUAAUAGUUUAUGAUGAAGCCUGAAAUUUAUUUUUUGUUUUUCCUCCUUUUUUACGAAUAUAAUAAAUAAAUCUUGG